AUGAAAACUUCUCCCCGAACCCUCACCAUCCACGACCCAGACCACCGCAUCUCGCUUCUCUCAGGCCCAAUCGACUACCAACGCAUUCUUCCAGCUCAUUGCGACUCUGAAUCGGAGAACUGUCAUGUUCAUCUUACCCGUGCCUCCCGUAUUGGCUGUGGACACCAUGCAAACGUCUAUCGCGUCACUCUGGCUGACUACCCGUUUUCUGUUGUGGCCAAAGUCGCCGUUCCGCGUCAAGCAGCGCGCGAUUUUCUCGAACAUGAAGCCAAGGUCUACGCUGAGCUCCCAGCGGCUUUGUACUCCGAUCUCGUCAUUCCUCGAUUCCUCGGGUACUAUAUAUCCCGCAACGACGUUGAAGCCAGCCCAAUCUUACUCCUGGAGGAAUGCGGGGAGCCAAUUGACCCAGCAGUGCUUUCAGACGACAACAAAACACAGAUUUUGAACCUCUUUCACCGUCUCCACGAAGCAGGCUACCUCCAGAAGUCUCCCUUCCGCAAAAACAUUCUCGUUGCCAGUGACUCCGAACAGCGGUUUCGCAUUAUCGACCUAGGGCGGGCAGAGAAAGUCGCGGCGGGAGCACCAGAGAUAGCGGAGGAAAUGCGUGAAGUGAAGAAACUAUUGCGAGUACGACAGGCGCAAUCAGUAACCCAGCCGGACCAAUCUUAA